GCAGCGGGGCACCCCGACCUGGCGGCGCGGCAUGAGGCGCGGGGCCCGGGGCGCGCGGGGCCGGGCCGGGCCGGUGCCCCCCGCGUCCGUGCAGCCCACGUGCUUCGACGAGCUGGUGCGCGACUACGUGGCCUGCUGGAGGCUGGGCGCGCGGGAAACCGGGUCGGCCCCGACCGGCGCCCCCUGCGCGCCCUCGCUGUCCCCCGGGCUCGCAGCCUGCACGGGCAGCCCCGCGCCCGCGUCGCCGGGGCCCGUGGCGACCCUGCGGCUGCCCGCGCUGCUGCUCGGCGCCCCGGCCGGCCUGGGCCUGGCGCUGGCCCUGGUGCUGGUGGCCCUGGUGGCCUGGCUGCGGAGACGGCGCGGGACGGCGGCGCCCGCAGCAGCGCUGGACGAGGAGUCAGAGGAGACCCCGGACAUUGUCAUCGUCCUGUCCCCCGGGGACCCGAAGGCCUCAGAGCCCGCCUGGCCACCACCCACAGGAGACCCAGCCACUGUGGCACCGCCUGCCCACAGCGUCCCCGUGCCGGCCACGGAGCUGGGCUCCACCGAGCUGGUGACCACCAAGACAGCCGGUCCUGAGCAGUAG